AUGAGGUUCGAGAUGAACAAACUCCUCAAGAAGCCAAUGUUAGAUGGGCAAACUUAUGUGAUUGAAGAUGGCUCAAACUUGGUGGACGAAGUGAGAAGCCGAUGGCUUCGGGAAGAUGAUGGACGCAGCGGCAAGAUGGAGAGACUGGUGGCGUUCAUGAGCUUGGAGGAAAAGGAAGAUCGAUCGAGUGCUCCCUGGAGCGAGUCGAGUGCGCCUAAGCUCGAGCUGAAAACACUCCCUGCGGGGCUCAGGUAUGCAUUUCUGGGACCUAACUCUACAUACCCUGUGAUAGUGAAUGCUGAGCUGAACAAUGUUGAACUUGCUUUGCUUCUCUGUGAGCUUAGGAAGUAUAGAAAAGCUAUAGGGUAUUCGCUAGAUGACAUCCCUGGAAUUUCUCCUGAUCUUUGCAUGCAUAGAAUACAUCUAGAAGAUGAAUCGAUGACUUCUGUAGAACAUCAGAGGAGGUUAAACCCGAAUCUAAAAGAUGUUGUCAAGAAAGAGAUAAUGAAACUUCUAGAUGCUGGUGUAAUUUAUGCUAUAUCUGAUAGUAAGUGGGUCAGUCCUGUGCAUGUAGUUCCUAAGAAAGGUGGUAUAACUGUUGUUAAGAAUGAUAGGAACGAGCUGAUACCCACUAGAACUGUCACUGGUCAUCGCAUGUGCAUUGAUUACCGCAAACUGAAUGCUGCAACUCGCAAAGAUCAUUUUCCUCUCCCAUUUAUUGAUCAAAUGCUUGAGAGAUUGGCUAACCAUCCAUACUACUGCUUUUUAGAUGGUUACUCAGGUUUCUUUCAGAUCCCCAUCCACCCAGACGACCAGGAGAAGACGACAUUCACAUGUCCAUAUGGCACUUAUGCAUAUCGCAGAAUGCCGUUUGGACUGUGCAAUGCACCGGCGACGUUCCAGCGCUGCAUGAUGGUAUUGCAGCGGUGUGAGGAGAGACAUCUUGUGCUGAACUGGGAGAAAUGCCACUUCAUGGUGAGAGAUGGGAUCGUGCUGGGACAUAGGAUUUCGGAGAAGGGAAUCGAGGUCGACAGAGCGAAGAUCGAGGUGAUGAUGAGUCUACAGCCGCCUAAUUCUGUCAAGGGAAUCCGCAGCUUUCUGGGGCAUGCAGGGUUCUACAGGCGAUUCAUCAAGGACUUCUCCAAGAUCACCAGACCUUUGACGCUGCUGUUGUGUAAGGAGGUCAAGUUCGACUUUGACAGUACAUGUUUGGAGGCCUUUCACACGAUCAAGGGAGCUCUGGUGAGUGCUCCAAUUGUCCAACCUCCUGACUGGAGCCUUCCGUUCGAGGUGAUGACAGAUGCUAGUGACUAUGCUGUCGGAGCGGUUCUGGGCCAGAGAAAGGAGAAGAAGCUGCACGUGAUCUACUACGCCAGUCGCACACUUGAUGAAGCUCAGUGCAAGUACGCUACGACUGAGAAGGAACUAUUGGCGGUGGUGUUUGCAUUUGAGAAGUUUCGGUCCUAUCUUGUUGGAUCGAAGGUGAUUGUCCACACUGAUCACGCUGCAUUGAAGUACUUGCUGACGAAGAAGGAUGCGAAGCCGAGACUCUUGAGAUGGAUUCUUUUGCUUCAGGAGUUCGAUCUGGAGAUCAAGGAUAAGAAAGGGAUUGACAAUGGUGUAGCUGAUCACCUGUCAAGGAUGAAGAUCGAUGAUGACGUCCCUCUAGACGACAGUUUACCUGAUGAGCACGUCUACGCUGUUGAGGUGAUCGACUACGGCGAGCCCCUGCUCGCAGAUGAUGGAGUUCGAUCGACGAAUUACCUCGCUGCUGAGCAUGAACCUACUGGUUUUGUAGGGAACAAGAAGAAGAAGUUCUUGAGAGACAUCCGGCGCUAUUUCUGGGAUGAGCCAUACCUGUACAAGCACUGCACCGAUGGAGUCUACAGGAGAUGUGUAGCUGAUGAGGAGAUACCUGGGAUCUUGUUCCACUGUCAUAGCUCGUCUUAUGCUGGACACUUCGCGACGUACAAGACUGUAUCCAAGGCGCUGCAAGCUGGCUACUGGUGGCCCACCAUGUUCCGAGAUGCUCACAGAUUCGUGUCUAAGUGUGAUGUAUGCCAGAGACAGGGGAACAUCAGUAAGAGAAACGAGAUGCCACAGAACUUCAUUCUGGAAGUAGAGGUUUUCGACGUGUGGGGAGUUGACUUCAUGGGACCCUUCCCAUCUUCCUAUGGAAACCUGUACAUUUUGGUGGCUGUCGACUAUGUAUCUAAGUGGGUAGAGGCUUUGGCCAGUCCCACUAAUGAUGCAAAGGUCGUGAUGAAGAUGUUCAAGUCGGUGAUCUUCCCUCGAUUUGGUGUGCCGAGAGUUGUUAUCAGUGAUGGAGGUUCCCAUUUCAUCAAUAGGACCUUCGAUAAUAUGUUGAAGAGGCACGGGGUGAAGCACAAGGUGGCGACUCCUUAUCAUCCCCAGACGAGUGGCCAAGUCGAGCUAUCUAACAGAGAGAUCAAGAACAUCCUUCAGAAGACUGCAGGCACGACUGGGAAGGACUGGGCUGCAAAGUUGGAUGAUGCACUCUGGGCCUAUCGAACUGCCUACAAGACUCCUCUUGGUACGACACCGUUCAACUUGGUCUAUGGCAAGGCUUGUCACCUGCCUGUGGAGUUAGAGUACAAGGCUGCGUGGGCAGUGAAGCAGAUGAACUAUGACAUGAAGUCUGCGGCAGAGAGGAGGAACAUGCAGUUGGUCGAGCUUGACGAGAUUAGGCACCUGGCCUAUGACAGUUCGAAGAUCUACAAGGAGCGGACUAAAGCUUACCAUGACAAGAAGAUCCUGAAAAGGAACUUUUCCCAAGGAGAUCAAGUCCUGCUGUUUAACUCCAGGCUGAAGUUGUUUCCUGGAAAGCUGAAAUCAAGGUGGUCUGGCCCUUCGUUAUCAAGGAAGUCAGACCAUAUGGAGCUUUUGAGCUAUGGGACAAGUCUGGUGGACACUUCGUGGUGA